AUGGUUACUGUUAAUACUCAAAGAAGCACCAGAGAUGACAACACAAUAUUGUUGGAUGCAAUUGCAGCUUGUGAGUCUGUGCAGAUUUCAAUAUUGGAGUUCAGUAGAGUGGUAUAUAUUGCAGCAAGAAUAGCAACUAUUUCUGCUAGUGUUGAAGAAGGAGAGUGUGAAACAAAUGUUGCAUUAAAGGAGAGCAAAGGCCAAUUUUGA